AUGGAGAUGGCGUUGGCCUUUGCUAUAUAUUCGUGCAUGAAGUCGAUGAGGAAGCACCACCAAACCAUUGUCUCCCAACAAAAGCAUUCUCAAACACUCCUCCACCCCUGCUUUUGCCUUUUGGAAAUGGCGGAAGCAGCGCUCUUCACCAUUGCCACCGACAUACUGAAAAGCCUCGCCACCGAAAUUGCGAAGCCUGCAGGCUCCUUCGUUUUUCGGCAAAUCAAGUUGCUCCGCGGUGCCAAGGACGAGCUUCGAAGCCUUGAGGGCACCGUCCAGGCCAUCCAAGCUGUGCUUUUGGAUGCCGAGAAGCAGCAAUGGGACAAGGAGCAGGUCAAGCUCUGGCUCAAGAGGCUCAAGGACGUGCUGUACGACGUCCAGGACUUGCUCGACGAUGUCGCGACUGAAGAUCUGAGGCGGGAGGUCACUCCUGGAAACAAGAUGUCGAAAUCGGUACGCAUUUUCUUCUCUAAAUCGAAUCAGCUCGCACAGCGCCUCAAAGUGGCUAAUAAGGUUCAGGAACUUAGGAGGACACUGGAUGAGAUUGAAAACGAUAGUAAGUUAUUAAAAUUAGAGCUGCAUCCGGAGGAAACAAUGGCCAUCGGGAGAGGAAAGAAACCUGAACGUCCCUCACCUGAUGAAAAAAUAAUCGGUAGGGAAGAGGACAAAAAGAAGAUCAAGCAACUCUUGUUGAGUUCCUCCUCUACCAAGAGCGUGUCAUUUGUAGCCAUCGUUGGUAAAGGUGGUCUUGGGAAAACCGCACUUGCACGACUUGUGUACAACGAUGGGGAGGUAAAAGAACAUUUUGGGCUUAAGAUGUGGGUGUGUGUGUCUGAUGUCUUUGAUGUGAAUUCGAUUAUCAAAGAUAUUCUUAAAUCUGCAAAAGUUGACUGUCAAGGGUAUGAUCAUGAUCAAUUGCCGAGUCUUCUUCGUGAGACUCUAGGGGGGAAGAAAUACUUGCUUGUUUUGGAUGACUUGUGGAAUGAAGAUCGGGAUAAAUGGUCGAAGCUUGGAGAUUGGCUAGAGGGUGGUCAAUGGGGAAGCAAGAUACUUGUAACUACUCGCAGCCACGAAGUUGCGAAGGUCACGAAUGCGAAAUCUGUUAUCUAUGAUCUGCGCGGCUUAUCUGAAGAUGAGUCGUGGAACUUAUUUAAGAAAAAUGCUUUUGAAGAGGGGGAGGAAUCAUUAGACUCGGAACAGGAGAAGAUAGGUCGAGAUUUAGUUAAAAAAUGCGCCGGGGUUCCCCUUGCCGUUAGAACUAUAGGAGGCCUUUUCUACAGCAAAAAGAAAGAUGAAUGGCUCCGUUACGAGGGGCGUGAACUUCUAGAUAUACCAGAAAUUGAUGAGAAAGACGGUGGAAUAAUGGAAGUCCUCAAGUUCAGUUACGAUCAUCUCCCCUCACGCUUGAAACAUUGUUUUGCAUACUGCUCAUUGUUUCCGAAAGAUUAUCUCUACGAUAAAGAGAUGGUGAUACAUUUUUGGGUGGCACAAGGCUUUAUUGAGUCAUGCAACGGGGAGGAUAACCUUGAAGAGGUCGCAGACAUGUACUUGUCAGAACUGCUGUGUAGGUCAUUCCUCGAUGUUAAUAUGAAAGGCAAGGAUGGCGAGGUCAUAUAUUUCAAGAUGCAUGAUCUCAUGCACGAUCUUGCCCAAAAAGUUGCUGGAGGUGAAUGCAAGAUUGUUAAUUUUAGAGGACAUACUGAUAGAGGAAUUCGACAUGCGUCAUUUACUUCAGAAUUAUUCUCUAAAGAGAAAAUGAUGUCUCUACUUGAUCUACGCAAAUUGCGGACGCUAAUCUUCUGGAGUGGUCAAUGGCAUGUACUCAACUUCGACGGAGUUUUUUCUGGGGCUAAACAUUGUAGAGUGUUGCAUUUAGGCUAUGCAAAUAUUCCUCUCCCUCUUUCCUCCAUUGAAAAGUUGAAGCACUUAAGGUAUCUUUGUAUUGAUAAAAACGAGUCUAUUCGGAGUUUGCCGGAUUCAAUCACGGAUUUGGUGAAUUUGCAGUUCCUUAAACUCUUUCGAUGUAGGUGCCUUAAAACAUUUCCAAGAGAUUUGAGGAAAUUGUUCAACCUCCGAUACUUGAUUAUUAGUGAGUGUCGGUCGUUGAGCUACCUACCACCCUUGAGUGAACUCCCUUCCCUAAGGAAGUUGAUCCUCCGGGGCUUGGAUGCGUUGGAGUUCGUUCAACGGACAAGUGACGUGGGGCAAUCUAAGACCGCACGCACCGUCUUCCCAUCUCUUGAGAGAUUGGAACUAGUGGGAUGCAGGGAGCUGAAGGGAUGGUGGGGAAGUAGCGAACUAAUGAGAGCAUAUCAAAAGCAUCACCAGUCAUCCUUCCCAAAACUUCGGUCCGUGACAAUAUGGGGCUGUUCCGAGUUGAAUUUCGUGCCACCAUUCCCCCGGGUGGAGCACUUGACCAUACGGGACGCGGAAAUGUUGGAAAUAAAGCCCAAUCCAAAUUGCCCGUCGAAGCCGCAGAUGGGAUCCACAUUCACCCCUUUCUCUAAACUAAAGCGUCUAUAUCUUCAAGGAGAUGAUCUGGAGUCCCCGAUGCUCGAGACUCUACUCCGAUCGGCCAAUAAUCUCGAAUUCAUGAGCCUCAACGAUUGCGACAUAAGGAGCUUCUCUCGUGGCAUGCGACACCUUUCCUCGCUCCAGGAACCCCACGUUGAUAUUUGUGAAGGACUCGAUUUAUUGUGCGAAGAAGACCAGCAUGACACCCCAUGGCCAUUCCUCACGAACCUACGCGUUCUUAAGAUCACUUAUUUGAUGGGAUCAAGUUUGCCGGAAUGGAUUGGAAAUCUCUCUCUGUUCGAAAAGCUUGUAUUAUUUAACUGUCCAAGUUUAGAGCAUUUGCCAUUUGAGAUGCGCAAUCUCACACACUUGAAGGAAUUGAGAAUCAUUCGUUGUCCCAUUCUGGAAAAGAAUCGCCACGAGGAACGGCCACAGCUUGCCCACAUUCCAGUCAUUUUUUCGGAGGAUGAAGUGGAUGAAUCCAACUAUUAG